CCGAAAUAUUUCUUCCCCACAUUACCUGGGAUCUUAACCUUUCGUCUCGCGACCCUGUCGAGUAAGGUCCCACUGUCUCUCCACACCGUCUCCUUUCUCCCUCCGAAUAUUCCCAUCUAUACAUCGACUUUUCCAAAAUGGAGAAGAAGACAUGGUCAAUGCUGGAGAACAGCCCCGAUGUAAUGAAUCAAAUGGCAGCCAAGCUGGGUCUGUCGCCCGAGCUCCAAUUUUAUGACAUCUAUUCCCUGGACGAGCCCGAACAGCUCGCACACAUCCCUCGACCUGCGCUGGCUCUGCUGGUCAUCAUCCCACUUACCCCAGCUUGGGACCGAAGUCGCAAGGCCGAAGACGCCAACACAGAGCCAUACACGGGCUCUGGUCCGGACGAGCCAGUCAUCUGCGACGCUAUUCCGCUCGAUAUGACCCACCGCGCCGAAAUGCUGUGCAACAGCGAGCCAUUCGAACUGGCCCACAAGUCGGUCGAGCAGGCCGGCGACAGCUGUGCAGAUCCGACCGAUGGGCGCAGUGGGGGCCAUUUUGUGGGGUUCGUCAAGAGCGGUGGGAAGCUCUGGGAGCUGGAAGGAUCGCGGAAGGGUCCUUUGGAGAGAGGAAGCCUGGCUGAUGAUGAGGACGUUCUCAGUCCACGAGCCCUUGACAUGGGUAUCAGGAGGAUCAUCCAGUUGGACAAGGACGGAGAAGUGGAGAGUCUUCGAUUCAGCUGCAUUGCUUUGGCGCGCAAGCUGUAG